UAUAGUGCAUGACAGCAGCCAUUCCAGGCGCACCGUCUUCAGAGUCACUGCUUGUCCUUUGACCUCUGUCGCUUCCAAAAUAGAGAGACGACCUUGUGGAGACUUGAGUCAUAGUUGCAGUUGUUGACUGCGCACUUUUGGCCGUCAGUCAAAGAGUCUCUCACGUUGGGCGACUGAGGGUUAAAAACUACCUCAUUAACUUGUUGCAGAGUGUUCCUCCUGCAGGAGUUGUGAGGACUGAAAGUUACCAUCACUUUAUUUUGGACACGACGAGCGUCUCCUGAGGGGACUGAAGAGGAAACCUCCAUAGGUGGAAAAGGACCGUUGUCAUCACCCCAGCUGCUCGUCUUAUGGGUCCUCUGUGCCUUACAAAUCCCAAGUGACACCAGCUGAUCCGCAUCAACACAUUCUCCUGAUCUUUACUGUCUCCAUUAACCAGUGGAGGGUGAUGAGGUUGGUGGGGAGCCUGCAGUUUGUCCUGCUUUUGGCCUUGACCUCCACAGCCACAGGCCUCAACAUCCCUCUUGAAGUGGAGCAGCCUCCAACCAUAAUAAACCACACAUCUGGUCCCAUUAUUGCUCUUCCUUUUGACAACACUGUUGCUAUCAGGUGUGAAGCCAGAGGCAACCCACCACCAAAAUACAGAUGGACAAAAGAUGGCAAAGACUUUGUCCCUCCCUAUGUCAUGAUAGAUCGCACAGACGGCACUUUUGUGCUUCACAAGAAACACCUCGACCAGUUUCAGGGUAAAUUCAGAUGCUACGCCUCUAACAAGCUGGGAACUGCCAUGACAGAGGAGAUUGAACUACGAGUCCCUAGUGUCCCAAAGUUCCCAAAGGAGAAUAAUUCCCCCCUUAUUGUUAAGGAGGGAGAUCCAAUCAUCCUGGAGUGUAACCCUCCAGAAGGCGUGGCCCCACGUCAGAUCUACUGGAUGUCUCUUGGUCUCCAGCACAUUGAGCAGGAUGAGAGGGUUUCCAUGGGCAUUGAUGGCAACCUGUACUUCUCUAAUGCCUUACAGAAAGACAGUCGUCCAGACUACUGUUGCUUUGCUGCCUUCUCCAAAAUACGUACCAUCGUCCAGAAAACCGCCAUGGCUGUCGUGGUUAAGAGCUUGAAAGCUGGCAAUGACAGCAGCAAUGCCACUGUAGCCCCCCCAGCGAGAUUACCUGACCUGCUGCUGCCCUCUGGUGUUCAGACAGUGAAGGUGCUGUUGAAGGGGGAGAAUCUGCACCUUGAGUGUCUACCACAGGGAUAUCCCACUCCGAUCGUAACAUGGAUGAAAAUGGGAGACAACCUGCCUCCACGGACAAAAUAUGCCAACUUUGGAAAGCUGUUGACCAUAUCUGCUGUGGACGGGAGGGAUCAGGGGAGAUACAUGUGCACAGCCCAAAACUAUGCUGGAAAGGCUGUCCACUACUUUGAUGUGAUAGUGGAAGAGCCGCCAAAGUGGCUGACAGAGCCUCCUCAGAGCCAGCUGACCGUGAUUGGGUCUGAUGUUCACAUCAAGUGCUCAGUCAGUGGAAAACCACCUCCAGACAUAACAUGGAGGAGGAAUGGAGAAAUUUUCAGAGACGACCCAAACAGCAACAGGCGAGUGUUUGACGACACUGUGGUCCUCCAUAACGCUGUUGCAGAGGACAGCGCUGUCUACCAGUGUGAAGCCUCCAACAGUCAUGGCAGCGUUCUGGCCAACAUUAAUAUCUUGGUCAUGAAUAUGGCUCCUCGGAUACUGACAGGGGACUACCAAGAGUACGCUGUAGUGCUAGGAGGGAACAUCACCAUGAACUGCAGUGUUUUUGGCUCUCCACCACCCACCAUCUUCUGGGCCAGAGACAAGUCUCCAGAAACCAUCGAGGGGGAGCGAUUUUUUGCUCUGGGCGGAUCUUUGCGAAUCAUCAGUGCAGAGAAAAUCGACAGUGGGAAAUACGUGUGUGUUGCCUCUAACGCGGAGGGCAAGUCGGCCAUCACUGCUGUGCUGGAUGUGAAAGACCCUACAAAAAUAGUGUUUCCACCUCAGGACAUGCAGAUCGUCAGUGGGCGCACAGCCCAGUUGAUGUGCCAGGCAGAGUAUGAUAAAAGCCUGCGGGGUAGCUUUGAGGUGGUGUGGAGGAAGGAUGGUGAGGAGAUCCCACUUUCCUUUGAGGGAAAUUCCAGAUACGCUGUGGACGAUGACAUGCUGCAGAUCAUGAACGUGAACCUGAGCGAUCAGGGAGUAUACACAUGCAUUGCUAGAACCAGCCUAGAUGAGGACAGCGCCACUGCACUUUUCACCGUGCUCGAUGUUCCCGAUGCCCCCCAAAAAGUGAAGAUAUCUGACCUUGAGAGUCCGACAAACAUUAGCCUGACUUGGGUACCUGGAAGUGAUCACAACAGCUCUGUAACAGAAUUUAUAGUGGAGUUCGAGGAGAGCCAUUGGGAGCCCGGCAGGUGGAAGGAGCUCCAGAAAGUCCCCGGUAACCAGGCAACAGCUGAGCUGGCACUACAUGGACACCUUAACUACCAGUUCAGAGUGUAUGCUGUUAAUGCUGUUGGACCUGGACCCCCCAGUGAGCCCACUGAGAGAUACAAAACACCCCCUGCUGCUCCUGAAAGAAACCCGGAAAACAUCAGAAUUCAAGGCCAUCUUCCUCAUCAAAUGGACAUUAGCUGGGAGCCGCUGCUGCCUAUUGAACAGAAUGGCCCGGGCCUCGAGUACAAGGUGAGCUACAGGAAACUGGGGGUGGAGGAUGUCUGGAGGGAGCAUCUGGUCAAAAGGCACUCCUUUGUCGUGAGAAACACGUCCACGUUUGUCCCCUACGAGAUCAAAAUACAGAGCAGGAACAGUUACGGCUGGGGACCUGAUCCUAAAGUGGUUACUGGUUACUCUGGAGAAGAUGUCCCGACUGCAGCACCACGGGACAUAGCAGUGGAAGUAAUCAACACCACUGUUCUGAGAGUAAGCUGGACCCCGGCUCCACCUGCCACAGUGCGAGGUCAUCUCGGGGGCUACGAUGUUCAGUGGUUGAGGAAUCGAAGUUUGCUGAAUCCCAACAAGAUUUUAGAUGAGCGCCACUCCCUGUCUUUUCCUGGGAAGAGGACUCAUGCCAUCGUGCCGGGCCUGGAACCUUUCUCUGAGUACAGGCUCACUGUCAACGUUUUUAACAAGAAGGGCAACGGGCCCAACAGUGACCCGGUCACCUUCAACACGUCAGAGGGAGUUCCUGAGCAAGUGCCCAUCCUGACCGCCUCCAACGCCCAGACAGACUCCAUUUUGCUGGUAUGGGGCCCACCGCUGCAGACAAACGGCAUCCUCACCGGCUAUCUCCUGCAGCACCACCUCAUUAAUGAGACCACACUGGAGGUGGUUGAUUCCCAGGAGAUGAACAUCACUGGGGCUGACACCACCCAGUGGCAGCUCCAGGGCUUAGAGGAAGACAGCCUCUACCGCUUCCACCUCAGCGCUUGCACUCGAGCAGGUUGUGGACCUCCGCUGGCCCAGGAGAGCCACACCGUUCGUCAAGAACAUUUGUCCUCGACUCCAGCUGUGGCCCUUGUUCAGAGCAGCCACAACUGCUCUCUCUCCUUUCCCAGCUCUAUCCCAGGCAAUUCUACUCAUCCUCCUUUAGUUCCAGCCCUGUUGAACAUAAGCUCUUAUGUGAGUGACACCUUUGCCAAAAUCAGCUGGACUGCCAGAGAGGAGCAGCAGGACUCGGAGCUUUAUGUGGCUUAUAUGAAUAACCGUGAUGGUAACUGGCGGAUUUCAGAUGCUGUAAACGCUUCUCAAAGUUUCCACGUAAUUGAUGGGCUCAAACCUGGGACCGUGUAUACCGUGCGCCUCAUGGCCAAGAGGCUGCUCGAUAACGCUAGCAUUUUUGAAGACGUUAUCCAGACAAGAGUCAAAGGUGCGGUAGGUCAGCGGAGUGACUUUUCCACCCAGGGCUGGUUCAUUGGGACCAUGUGUGCUGUGGCUCUCCUCACACUUGUCGUGCUCAUGGCCUGCUUUGUGAGGAGAAACAAAGGUGGCAAGUAUGCAGGUACGCCGCCGCCGACCCAGCGACGAGACAUAUUCUCCAUGGAAAAAGUGAAAGAGAAGGAGGACCUCCACCCUGAUUUGGAGUCACAAGGAAUGAAUGAUGACACCUUCUGUGAAUACAGUGACAGCGAAGAGAAGCCACUGAAGGGCAGUAGCUUGUGUUCCCUGACUGGUGAUGGCACGCUGGGGGACAGCGUCAGCAGAGACAGCCUGGUUGACUACGCUGACGGCGGGGGAGAAUUCAAUGAGGACGGUUCGUUUAUUGGAGAAUAUUCCGGACGCAAGCGCGGAGGCUCUGUUAGCGAGCCCGGUGGACCCAGACCAGUCACUGCAUAAAGCUAGGCUCCAGUUGAAACGGUCUACUUCAAAUCCUUUCAAGAUACUUUUUAAAUUCAGCUUCCCUGGCAUUAAAUAUAGCUCCAAUAGCCAAAUAUGUGGGAAUAAAAAUGACUCAGAUGUGCAGAAGUGUUGCCCAGGGACUGAAAGGGAAGCAUAAACCCACCAUUCACAUCAAAUCCUGCGAGUCUUUGUACAUACUGUAAGAGAAUGACCUGUAUCAUUUGAGUUUUUCAAGAUUUUAAUAUGAUAAUAAAAUGUUUUUGUACCUAUGA